AUGCCGCCCAAAGAGGGCAAGCUCGAGGGAAUCCCUCUGCGCUCUUCUCCCAUCCCCGAAGCUCUUCGUUCCCCACACAAAGGCGCAGACUACUUCCCGCCGAUGGAUCAUAAGCUCAGUUCUCCAAUAGAACAGUACCAGCUCGCUUUUCAAUGUAUCUCAAGUGCUACCAGCACCAACACGAUCUCUGAGGCGGCCGCCGGUGGGGAUGGUCCCACCGCUAGUUCUGGCAGGAAGGGGAAGGGAAAGGGUGGGCCGGAGAACCGGAAGUUCAGGUACCGUGGAGUGCGGCAGCGGAGCUGGGGAAAGUGGGUAGCGGAGAUUCGAGAGCCAAGGAAGCGGACCCGCAAGUGGCUGGGGACAUUCUCCACUGCUGAGGACGCCGCCAAGGCCUACGACCGGGCGGCGCUCGUCCUCUACGGCCCACGAGCGCAGCUUAACCUCCAAAGACCCUCCACUGCCACAGCCGGCCACCACUUAAACGCCACCGUAACUACUCCCUCCUCGUCUUCCACCACAACUCUCCGGCCGAUACUCCCUCGCCCCUCCACCAUCCACUUCCCCAUACUUCCACACCCCAACAUCCCCACUUCUUACACCUACCCGCCGCUGUUCCUUCACGCCGACAUGACGAACAGCCCGAUCGUGGCCCCGGAGCCCGUAGUGAAGCCGCCAAGUGUGGAGGUCGAAGCAGUGGCGGCCGCGUCGGAGCCAGCCAUGAUGUCGGGCCCUAUCCAUCCCAGCUUCAGCGAUCCGACGGCCUUCAAGGAGAUCAACUCUUUCGCCGGGUCAAUUACAUCGAGCUUCUCACUCUCCUGCCCGCCGGUGAUGACGACGGAGAGCUCAGGCUCCGCGCCGCUUGUGUCCUCCCCGUUGUGGGGUUACGACGACUACGAUGUCGAGGCUUCGUGCCUGUGGGAUGACACCGACCCAUUCUUCUUUGACAUAUGA